AUGGCGAGUAAUAAAAAGAAAGGUGCUGAUCCUAGUCGAGCUUCUGUAGCGACUGAAUCUAGUCGUAAUAAUAAAAAUGUUCAUCCUCAUGAAACAUGUGACAUGCGACAUUUUAUAAAAGAACAUCCAUUUUUAUCAGAACUUCUACGUGAAGAUGGUACUGUAUUUGAAUGUGAUGGUCAAGCUCCUGCACCAUCAAAAGAUUAUGGUCAAUUACAAAUUACUCUCGAUAAGGUUUAUUAUUUAAUCAACUUUUUUCUUUUUUCUAUUUUACUUUCAAUUCUUUGUUUUAUUACUUCAAAGGUUAUUCUUCGUUGGUGGAAAAUAACACUUCGAAAUAUUGAUGGUUCAAUGUAUCCAGGUGAAAUAAAGGAUUCAUAUGAAGAUUUUUAUUAUGAUGAAGUUGCUCAACGUGAAAUAUGGCGCAUAUUUGGUCAAGAUACACUUGAUUAUUGUUUAAAUUUAGUUCAUGGUAAAUUUGAUUGGUUAACACGUCUUCCACCAAAUGUUCAAAUACAUAUUCUUUCAUUUGUAAAUCUUGAUGAUAUUCCACAAAUAUCAUUAGUAUCAAAAUCACUUCGUUCACUUUGUCGUAAUAAUGAUCUUUGGGAAAUAUUUUAUAUAAAUCAUUAUGGGCGACAUGCUUUACGAAAUAAAGAUUUAAUUCAUUUAGCUGAAAAACGUGGUUGGCGUCAUGUAUUUUUUACAAAUCGUUUGAAAUUACAAAUGCAAAUGCGUCGUGCAGCUCAACUUGAACGUCAUCAUCCAGAAGAUCCAUCGGAUUUUGUUAGAGCAAGAGAACGUCGUUCUCAAUUACAACCAAGUCCACCAGCAACACCAAGACAACAAGAACGUUUUGUUCAACCAUCCAUGCGGCGUCAUUCAUUUGCAACACGUAAAGAACCACCAUCAUAUUCACCUCGUGCAUCCCCAUUACCUGAUCAAGAGGAAUCUCCUCGUACAGCUCGAUCAUAUCUUGGCGAAGUGAAUGAAUCACCAAGAAUACGACGACCACCAUCACCUUCUUCAUCAGUACGAUCCAACGCAGGUAGUGUAGCUUCGACAGCAUCGGCUCAACCACCUGUAAAAUCAUCGCAUGGAUCAUCCACUCGUCAUUGA